GACACCAAAAUGGGAAGAAAAUGCAGAAUAAGAGUAAUGACAGUGCUGGGAGUGCAGAGUACAGGGAAGUCCACUCUUCUCAACACAAUGUUUGGUCUGCAGUUCCCGGUGGCCAGUGGAAGAUGUACACGAGGAGCCUUUAUGACUCUUUUGAAUGUGAAAGAAAACCUCCAGGAGGAAUUGGGCUGUAGGUUCAUCCUAGUAAUUGACACUGAGGGUCUUAAAGCUCCAGAGUUGGCCUCUUUGGAAGGAAGCUAUGAACAUGACAAUGAACUGGCCACUCUGGUUGUUGGGUUGAGUGAUAUCUCAAUAAUUAACAUGGCCAUGGAAAAUACAACAGAAAUGAAGGACAUUUUACAGAUUGUGGUCCAUGCAUUUCUGAGAAUGAAAGAAGUUGGGAAGAAACCCAAUUGCCAGUUUGUACACCAAAAUGUCAGUGAUGUGUCAGCUCAUAAUAAAAACAUGAGAGACUGGAAGAAACUUCUGGAACAACUGGAUGAAAUGACA